UGAUGCAAGACGGUUGAACUUACACUCGUGUAUAUAUUCUCGAAUAUUUCCUUUACAUUUCAGAAUGCCGUGUGACACCACGCAUACUACGUGGGCUAUCGGUCGCACGGAAGUGAAAUGAUCACUGCAUACGGUGUGAAGUUAACGCUAAUUGUAACGAUGCUUUCGCAUCGCACUUUCGCGCAUGUUAAUGAAUGAGGACGCCUAAAGACGCUUUUACACACGGUGGGCAUUGAAUGUCAGAUAUAUUUAAGCGCCGUCAGCUAUUUGUGAACGUUUUCGUCUCAUGUAUGUUUGCAUCGUUUGCAGUCUAAGAGUUAAUUGACGCGCGUUUCCCCGACCGAACUGUGUUUACGCGAGUGUCCAGUGAGUGUCCGGAACUACAACUUGCAAUUUCGGCGGAUGCGAUUGCUGUACCGGAGGAUCCGGUUCGGGCCGAGCGGAGUCGGCUUCGAGAACUGUAGCAGAACGUAGUUAUUCCUGAGUUUCCGGAAAUCGCGGAUGAAUGUCAAUCCAGAUGGAAAAGACUGAGAGAGCGCUAUACACGUGAAAGGAAACAACGACAAGAAGAAACAACAACUGGAAGUCUAGCAUGCAAAAGAAAAACAUUCGAAUUUUUCAAUAACAUGCAAUUCUUGGAACGAUUUGUUAAAAGGAGAAGAACUUUUAGCUCUCAUAACGAACAAGAAAAUAACUCAUCUUCCGUAAACGUAACUGCUAUGAUAUACAACAGAAACUCACCUUCACUGGCAAGAUCUUUCAAUGUUCAAAAAGAUUUUAAGUUUUGUACUAAAAAGAACAACUCAUCUCCCAUAAAUGUAUCUGUUAAGAUACACAACAAAAACAUAUCUCCGGUGCCAACAUCUUCCAAUGUUCAAAAAAAUAUAAGGUUACAUAACAAACAAGAAUAUAACUUAGCCACAAACAUUGCUACUGUGAAAAAAUCUUCAACAAAGAGCAGUAUAUCUUCAGCAAAUAUCUCGCAACAUAUAGAUGACUCCAGCCAUGCAUGGACCAAAAGUGUAGUUGGACAACGGAUAAAGCCAGAAGGAAAAUUCCAGCCAGAUAUUCUAAAAAAUGCAAUUGGUAAAGUGACUUCUUCAUCAGAAAAUACAUGUGUUCCUUUUUCGCAGUCAUCUUUAAAACCGGAAGUAGAAGAAGAUUCGGCUUUUUGCCAACUGAUACUUUCUGCGCUUAAUAAUAUGACCAAAAAUAUGAAGAUAAAAAAAAAGAAAGCAAUAUUGGGUCUGUUAUAUGAUGUAUAAUCAUAAUUAUAUAUGGUAUGUUAAUUUUUUUAUGACAUGUCAAUUUGUAUUACGACAUGUUAUGUUUAUUUCUUUUAUGCCACAUGUUACAAAGUGCACACUAUGCCACAUGUUACAAAAAAUACACUGAUAUAAAUAUUUUUUUUUUUAUUCGACAUGUAAUUACAAAUA